UUAUUAUUAUUAAAUGAAUGAUGGAUAAUUUAACCUUACUGUUAAUAUUAUUCAUAGCAUUCAUUGUGAUUGUUUUAAUUAUUGUAUUAAUGUUUUGGAUUAUACAUGAUCUUCAUCGUAUUAAAAAAUUUGGUAAUAAUCAUCGUCAUCAUCAUCAUCAUCAUUUGUUACAACAAUCAAAAACGAAUAUAUCAUCAUCUGAAAUAGCACAUCAUCAUCAUCAUUAUCAACCAAUUGAAUCGUUGGAAUUAGGUCAGAUGCAGCAUACAAACAAUACAAGUAGCAGCAGUCAUAAUUUUAUUUCUUAUGUGAAUAAUUCAAAUGCUAAAGAAUCGAUUGAAACCGGUAAUGGUAAUAGUAAAAGUGAUGACCGACAUAAUAUAAAGACCGUAUCGACUUUAGAUAAACAGACUAAACUUCGAUCAUUCCUUAUGACAAUCAAUAAUCAUUAUGAUAGAUAUGAUUUUGACGACAAUGAAGAUGAUUUUUUUGAUUUGAAUCAAAAUUCAACUAAAUUAAAAACAAAUCGUCCAUUACCUAUACACAAAUUUUUUGCCGUUUAUCAAUCAUUAUCAAAGGAUUCGGAUUUUGGUUUUAGUAAUGAAUUUGCUGAACUUGAACAAAAAUCACAUAAUGACCUUUAUACAAAAUUACCCUUGGUAGAUUGUAAUCGAAAUCCUGAAAUGAAUAUCAAGAAUCGUUUCCAAAAUGUUUUACCAUAUAAACAUACACUAGUCAAACUUAGUGAUGGCCAUGAUGGCUAUAUUAACGCUAGCUUUAUUGCCGGUCAUAAUGGUCCCCAUGAAUAUAUAGCAACAUUGGCUCCAUGGAAUCAGGAUUCAAUUAGAAAUUUUUAUCGUCUUAUACUCGAAUAUCAUGUAGUUAUCAUUGUAAAUCUAGUCGAAUUCGAAAGUAUAGCCUAUCUUCCUAAAUGGAUCAAUGAUGAACCGAAACGUAUAAAAUUAACUGAUGAUCAACCAAUGUUAAUAGUACGAUUAGUCGAGGAAAAACAAUUCGAUCAAUACGUUAUUCGUCACAUACAACUAAUGUUCGAAUCAGCCGACGAUCAAAUUAUACACGAAGCGUAUCAAUUUCAUUUUACCGGAUGGAAAGAUUUUGCUGUUCCAGAACAGGAAUUACCGAUUUUGUUAUUUAUACAAAAAGUUCGUCAUUAUUUUGAAAAAUAUUGUUCAUCAUCAUCAACGCCAAUAAUUGUGCAUUGUCGAGCCGGAAUUGGAAGAACUGGUACUUACAUAGCGAUUGAUCAUUUAUGGCAGCAAUUGACGGAAAAAUUUUUACAACCAGAAUUUCAUCGACAAAAACUAUGGCUACAAUCAUUACAAUGGAAUGAACUUCGAUACUUACAUAGGCAACAAUUACAGAAUCGAUUUACCCGGAACGAGAUCGGUAGCCAUACAUUACCAACACGUUCUAUCGGUCAAUGGAUGCCCAAUAAAUUAGAAACUUUAACUCAAAUAUUUCAUUCCACUACGGCCACUUUAGGAAGACGAUUUCAUAAUCGUAAAAUGGCAUACAAUAUAGAUAAUAAUGAUCAUAUUGAUCCGAUAAAACAAGAUACGCAAGCAAUUCAUUUAUUAUCAAAAGUACCAUAUAUGAUUGAUAUAUAUGGUAUUGUAUAUCGAAUGAGAUCUGAUCGACGUGGCAUGGUACAAACAGAUUCACAAUAUGCCUACAUACAUCGAUGUGUUUAUUAUAUUUUAAAGAAUUUUCUUUGUUUACAACUUAAAGACCAUCAUCAACAACAACAACAACAACAAACGAAUCAAAUCACAAAUGAAUCGAAUAAACAAAUAUUUUAAAUCAUAAAAAAAAAUAUGAAAUCGAUAGUGAACCUUCAAAACAAACACACACACGCACAAAAAAAAUGUUGAAUCAAUGUUACUGUUGUGUGUGUGUGUGUGUUUAUGGCCAAUUAUUAAAUCUACAUUAAUAUUUUGAAGAAUCCAUUUUAGUUUUUGAAUCGGAUCGGAUGGAUUAGGAUUCGGAAGCAGCAAUAUAUAUUUUUAUUUGGUGAAUUGAAAUACAGUGAUCAAAAUAUUAAACAUGUGGGAAGUGUUUGUUUUUAUAUUU